CAGGGACACCAUGGAGGGUGGCUUCACUGGGGAUGAUGAGUACCAGAAGCACUUCCUGCCCAGGGACUACUUGGCUACUUACUACAGCUUCGAUGGCAGCCCCUCACCCGAGGCCGAGAUGCUGAAGUUUAACUUGGAAUGUCUCCACAAGACCUUCGGCCCUGGAGGCCUCCAAGGGGACACGCUGAUCGACAUUGGCUCAGGUCCUACCAUCUACCAAGUUCUCGCUGCCUGUGAGUCCUUCCAAGACAUCACUCUCUCUGACUUUACCGACCGCAACCGGGAGGAGCUGGAAAAGUGGCUGAAGAAGGAGCCAGGAGCCUAUGACUGGACCCCGGUGGUGAAAUUCUCCUGUGAGCUGGAAGGAAACAGCAACCGAUGGGAGGAGAAGGAGGAGAAGCUGCGGGCAUCGGUGAAGCGGGUGCUCAAGUGCGAUGUCCACCUGGGCAACCCACUGGCCCCAGCUGUGUUGCCCCCCACCGACUGUGUGCUCACCCUGCUGGCCAUGGAAUGUGCCUGCUGUAGCCUUGAUGCCUACCGCGCUGCACUGUGCAACCUUGCAUCACUGCUCAAGCCGGGUGGCCACCUGGUGACCACGGUCACGCUUCGGCUCUCGUCCUACAUGGUGGGGAAGCAUGAAUUUUCCUGCGUGGCCCUGGAGAAGGAGGAGGUGGAGCAGGCUGUCCUGGAUGCUGGCUUUGACAUUGAACAGCUCCUACACAGUCCCCAGAGCUACUCUGUCACCAAUGCUGCCAACACUGGGGUCUGCUUCAUUGUGGCUCGCAAGAAGCCUGGUCCCUGAGCCAGAGGGCCAGCCAGAAGUCUGGUCAGGCUGUGAGGCCCUGGCCAUCUGUAUGCUAGAGAGGGGUGAGGAAUGGAUACUGUCUAACAGCCUCUGAUUUCACCACUAACAUUCCAUCCGAAAUCCUGAGAUUCUAACAUCCUUGUUUUAGAAUUCUAAGUUUCCAACAUUCCUCAUUCUAGGAUCCUAGGAGUGGAAUUUUCCAUUUUCUAAUAUACUAAGCCUUACAGCUGUCUUAGAUGCGAUCUGACUCCUGUGUGACUGUGGAGCACCCAGGGACGUGGUUUCAGAGUCUACCUAAUAUGUUAAGGACAAGGAAACCUCUGAGUCUACCUAAUAUGU